UCAACCAAAACACCCUCCUGUUGUCAGAGUCAGUGGCAGUCCAUCUUAACCUGCCGACACGUCCCCAGUAGCCCGCAAAACCUCCAAACAUAUACAGACAAACCAAAACGCACCCCACGCACCGGCGCACAUUAGCACCAGGCACUGAUGACUCAACGAGACAGAGACAUUACAUACCCUUAGUGUUGAAGACUGUGGACUGUGAAGGCGACCUGGUCUCACUGAGUCACCGAGUCUCGCGCCGAGCCCUAACCAGUUCAAAUUUUGUAAAAGCGGGAUUAGGGUUUUGAUUUUCAUUCCCCUUUUCCAGUUUUUUAUUUUAGUUAAGUUUCUUCUGGGUUAUUCACAAAUGGGGAGGCCAAGGUGCUACUUGGACAUAUCCAUUGGAGGAGAGCUAGAAGGAAGAGUAGUGGUGGAGCUCUACAAUGACAUUGUCCCCAAAACAGCUGAGAAUUUCAGAGCUCUCUGCACUGGUGAGUUGGGCAUUGCCCCCCACACCAAUGCUCCUCUGCACUACAAGGGUGUUUGUUUCCACCGCGUUAUCAAAGGCUUUAUGAUUCAAGGUGGAGACAUUUCGGCUGGAAAUGGCAGUGGGGGAGAGUCGAUUUACGGGUUGAAGUUUGAAGAUGAAAACUUCGAUAUAAAGCAUGAGAGAAAAGGAAUGUUGUCCAUGGCUAAUAAAGGCCCUGACACCAAUGGUUCUCAGUUUUUCAUUACCACCACUCGGACUUCUCAUCUUGAUGGAAAGCAUGUUGCGUUUGGGAAGGUCAUCAAGGGCAUGGGUGUGGUUCGUUCAGUUGAGCAUGUGAACACGAAGGAUGGAGACUUACCUAUCCAGGAAGUCGUUAUUGCGGAUUGUGGGCAGCUUCCUGAGGGAGCAGAUGAUGGGGUGUGUAACUUCUUCAAAGAUGGUGAUGUUUAUCCUGAUUGGACUGCUGAUCUUGAUACAAAACCAGAGGACAUUUCUUGGUGGGUCACGGCUGUGGACACUAUUAAGGCCAUUGGAAACGAACAGUUCAAGAAGCAAGACUAUAAGAUGGCCCUUAGAAAGUAUCGCAAGGCCUUGCGCUAUGUGGAUAUAUGCUGGGAGCUGGAAGAAAUAGAUGAAGAGACGAGCUCCUCUUUGCGGAAGACAAAGUCCCAGAUACUUACUAAUAGCUCAGCUUGCAGGUUGAAAUUAGGAGACCUAGAAGGAGCAUUGUUGGACACAGACUUUGCAUUGCGUGAUUGGGAAGAUAAUGUGAAGGCUUUGUUUCGCCAAGGCCAGACCUAUAUGGCACUCAAUGACAUCGACGCUGCUGUCGAAAGCUUCAAGAAGGCACUGGAUUUGGAACCAAAUGAUGGAGGAAUAAAGAAAGAGCUUUUGGUUGCUAAAAAGAAGGUUGCGAAUAGGUCUGAGCAAGAAAAGAAAGCAUAUUCUAGAAUGUUUCACUGAUUAUGCAGUCACAUGAGGCUGCACAUAGUACGGAUAAAUUUUGAUUCCUUCUGCACUGUCAACUGGUUUAAAGCUAUUCUGUUAAAACUCUUAGUUGGCCCCGAGGAUAUCUCAGGUACCAUCAAUCUUUUACCCUUUUGUCAUAUUGUAAAUGGCCAGACUCUUGUAGGCAACGUUGUUUGUUUGUGGUAUUCCCGAUGGGAUACCUAUGUCCUUCUGAAAGAUUAUUAACUUUCUUUUGUGAUCUUAUCGAUCUGAUCAUUGGUUGGUUUUUGUAGUUGUAACAGUAAUGAUUAAACUCCAUUUUGAAAUGCUCUAAAAAAAA